AUGAGUAAUAAUACUAUUUACACAAAUAUUAAAAAUUACAUUGAUAAUAAUAUAAAGAAAAAUACUAAUAUUGAAAAGGAAAGUGAUAUAUUUAAUAAUAAAUUUAUAAACAUUUAUAUUGAUAAAAAAAUAAGGAAUAACAAAAUAUAUUCUAUAAAUAAAAUUAUAUAUCUUUUUUUAAGAAAUAAUAUAAUAAAAAAAAAGAAGACCUUUAAAAACAUAAACAAAUACUUAUUUGUAAUUAAAAUUAUUUUUAUAGUUCUUUUAAAGAAUAAGAAUAGUUUUAGAAAGGUAUCUUUUCUUUUAAAUAGAUUUUUAGUAAAAUAUAUUUAUGAACUUUUUAUAUUUAUAAGUAAAAGUUUAUAUUUAAAAAAAUUUAAAAAAUUCAAAUAUACUUUUUUGAAAAAGUUAUUUAACCAAUAUUAUAUACCUCCAGGAAAUUUGCUUAUAUAUAUACUAACAAAGAGAUAUUUAAUAUAUAUUUAUCAUAUAAUAUAUGAACAUAUUUCUAUUCUUUUAAACCAUAACUACAACUUCAGUAAAAAAAAAGAUUUUUCCUUAUGCAUAAAGAAUAGCCAUCAUUUUGAUAAAAACAAAAAUAAUAAUAUUCAUAAAAAAAAAUUUGAUUAUUUUCAUAACAAAAAAAAACUACUUUGGAAAAUUUUACAUAUAUAUACGAAGAAAAAAUGUGUGUGUAACAUUCAUAAAAAUAAGAUAAAAAUUAAAUUGCAAUUAAAAAAGAAAAUCCAAGAUUUAUUUCCCAAUGAGUUUAGGAAGGAUUAUAAUAACUUUUUAAAUUUUAUAUAUGUUUAUAAAUAUAAUCCAUUUGAUUACUUAAAAAAAAUUCAUAAAGAAAAAAGAAGGAUUACUUACAAAAAUUUAAAUUUUUCUGUAUUAAAGAAAAAUAAAAUACAAGUUCAUAUAACUGGAACUUUUUUUAAAAAAAAUUUUUUUUUUAAAAAUAAUAACAACUACAAAAAAAUAUAUAUAAAAUGUAAAACUUUUUUUUAUAGCAUUUUACCAUUUAUAGACAAUAAGAAAAAGAAUUUCAUUAUUCACAAUGAAUAUAAAAUCAUAAAUAAUUAUCUACUUAAUAAAUUUGAAUAUUUUAUGUUAAAAAAAAAUUAUUUAAGUUUUUGUUUUAUAAUUUAUUUUUAUAUUUUAAAAAAUAUUAAUAAUACUAUAAAUUAUAAUGUAGAUAUAAUUAACAUAUGGAAUAUUAUAAAAAAAAAUAAUGCCUUAAUAUUUCCAUGUGAUAAAUUAAAUAACUUUUCUUUAUUAUCAGUCAAUAUAUUCUUAUAUGCUAAAAGGCAUAGGCUUUUAUAUCUACUAAGAAAAUGUAAUUAUAAGAAAAGAAUUUUCUCAAAUAAAAAGAAAAAAAUCCUAUUUAAAGUAGGCAAUAACGGAAUUAUUACUAAAAAUAUUAAUCAUAAGAUAUUUUUAUAUAAUUUUAAAAAAAAUGUAUUAUGUAAAUAUAAUAUUAAAAGUAUAUUUAAAAAAUACUGUUAUAUAAAAAAGAAAGUAGAAAAUUUUUUUAAAAGAGAAAAUAAUAUUAAAUAUAACUAUGAUAAAAAAUUAAAAAACCAUUUUAUUAAUUUUAUUUUUAGAAAAUGUAAUUAUAUAAGUUUUAUAUUUAAUUAUAAUGAUAAUCAUUAUAUGUGUCAAAAUAAAUUUAUUAUUAAUAAUAUGAUGUUACACACAAAAAAAAACAUAAACUUAUGGAUAUCAAAAGAAAAAAAAAAGAAACUAUCUUUUUUUUUUUUAAACAACAGAAAAAAAUUUAGAGAAAUAAAAGUGCAAACUUAUAAAGAUGAAAAUGGAAAUAAUAAAUAUAAUUACAUAAUUGAUUUGAUAAUUAAACUAGUAAAAAAAAAGAGAUUUAUUAUGAACUUCUGUUGUAAAAUAAAAGACAUUGUUUAUAAUAUCAGAAACAAAAAUUUUCAAGAAAUUACAAAAUACUUGUUAAUUUUAAAAAACUUUAUAAAUAAUUAUCAGAAAUUAUUUUUUGAAGUUUUAAAAUUCUUGAAAUUCUUUAAGUUAUCUUCUUUUAAAAAGUUAAAUAAUAAGUCUUUUUAUCAUAAUGAUGAUUUUUUUAAUGAAAAAAUUAUGAACAUAUAUACGAAGAGAAACAAGAUUAAUAUGAAAUUCAGUCCUCAUUUUUUUAAAAAAAAGAAAAAUAAGAUAUUUAUAGAAAUAUGUUUGCUAUUUAUAUAUUUAGUAGUUAAUGUUAUUAAGUCUUAUUUAUAUUUAUUAUACAGUAGCUUAAUGAAAUAUAAAGAAAAUGUUAAAAAAAAUUAUAUAUUAUUUAAAAUUAUAAUUCUUAACAAAUAUGGUAUUUUAUUUAUGAAAAGGAAAAUAUAUCAUUCUUCAAAUAUUAAGAAAAUAAAAUUGACCAACACUUUAUAUAAUAAAAAUAUAUUUUAUAGGAGUAAUUUAUUUUUGUGUAUUUAUAGAAUUUUAAACAGCAUAAAUAUAGUUAAUUUUUCCUUUAUAUUUUUUUGCUAUACUAAAAAAAUAAAAAGUUUAAAAGUUAUUUUAAUAAACUUUUUAUUAAUAUUUUUAAGAUUAAUGACAAAAUAUUUUAGUAAUUAUGAUUUUUGUUCAAAAGGAAAUUGUAUUUUAAACAAAAAAAAAAAAAAAGAAUAUAUAAAAAAAAGUAUUUACAAACUAAAAACAAAAAAUAUAAUUUUGUUAAUUGAAAAUCAAAUUGUAUCUAUUCUAUUAAAAAAAAGAAUUUUUUUUUAUUUUGAAACCUUUUUUAUUUUAAAUAGUAAAAAAAAAAGGACAAGAUUUAUUUCACUUAAAUCAUCCAUGUUUAUUAUCAAUAGUAUUAUUAAAAAUAAUAAAAAAAAAUAUAUGUUAUUAUAUAAAUAUUAUAGCAUAUACUUAGAGUUUCUUAUUUUAGCAAAAAAAUUAAAGAUUUUUAAGAAGAAAAAUAUUUUUUUUAAAAAUAAUUUUCCAUUAUUGGACGAUUUAUGGUUUCAUAGAAUAAUUCAUUUUCAACAAAGACAUUUUCAUCAAAAUGAUUUCUAUUUAAAUAUGGUAAAUAAAUAUUUCUUAUUAUUUGUUAUAACUUGUUAUUUAAGGAAAUCAAAAAAAAUUUUAAAAUUUCAAAAAAUAUUUUUAAAAAUACUUAUACUUUUAUCAUUACAAAAGAAUUUUACAUUAGAAUAUUAUUUUUAUAAAAUAAAAAUUUUAGAAUUUAUGUUGCAUUUUACAAAUUAUAUGAUGGAUAGAAAAAAAAAAAAUUAUGCAAAUUUAAAGUUAAAUAGUAAUUGUAAUAUAAGUAAUAGACAUAAUAAUCUACAUAUAAGAAAAUUUGAAAUUAAAGAAAAGAAUAAUAAAAUUUUAGAAACAUGUAAUUCUAGAUCAGACAUCGGUAGGAAUAUUAAAUAUAAUAAUAGUAAAAGAAAAAAAAUAUAUAUUCCUCCUUUGCUAUUAAAAAAUAUCUGUGAUUCUUCAGGUUGUUUCAUUAAAAAAAGUUCAAAUGUUUCAUCGCUUUACUCUAGAAAAUCAGGUAGUUCUUUUAUAUUUGAAAACUUCAAUAAUUCAACAAAAUGUUGUAAUUCAAAUUUUUUUGAUUUUGGAAAAAGGAAAUUAUUUCUAACAAGAAACAAUUAUUAUGAAGAAAAUUGUUUCAAAAAUAAAGAGAAUUGCAAAAGUAUAGAAAGAAAAAAUAAAUUUAGACAUGAUAGAAAAAAGGAGUAUAAUAUUUUUUUAAAAAAAAUAAGAGUUAUUCCAUCAAUAAACUGUUUUAAUAUACAAAAAAAGUCAAAAAAAAGAAAAAUUACUGAGGAAUGUCAUAUAAUUAGUUAUGUUAUUUUGUUAAUUUUUUCUUUAAUAAUCUCUUACAAUAAAAAAGAUAUAAAUGAUUUUUAUUUUAAUGAAAAUUAUUAUGAUGAAUAUAAAAGCAAAAAUAAAAAAAUUGAAAAGAAAAUAAUUAAAAGAAAUCAAAAAAUAAAUACUUUAUUAGAAAAUUACUUAAAAAUAUUAAAUAAUUACUUUUCCUUUCAUAAGUUAAAUAAUUCAGAAGAUUUAAAUAUUAUGAGAAUUGUACAGUCAUACUUAAAUCAUAAAAAAAAUAAUAAAUUAAUAAAUAGAAUAAAAAAAUAUGUAACAAAUAAUACACAAUUAAAUAUAUUAUAUAACUUAUCUGUAUCUAAAAGUCACAAAUCUUUGAAAUUUUUUAAAAAAAUAAAAGAUGGAUCCUAUGGAAAUAUAUAUAUGUGUUAUUAUUCUAUUUUUCAAAAUAAUCCAUUUAUUAUUAAGUUAAUAAAUAUAGAAAAAUAUGUUAAUGAAAAUUAUAUGUUCAAAAAUAUUUAUAAUGAAGUAAAAUUUUUAUUGAAAUUUCAAUUUAAAAAUAUGAACAUAUGUCAAAUAUAUGAAUAUGGAAUAAUAAGAAAUGAUAAUGAUUUUUCUUAUUAUAUUUUAAUGAAAUACUAUGAUAAUAAUUUAAGGGAAUUUAUGAAUGUAUUACAUAAUAAUUAUUUAAAAAAAAAAGAGGCAAUUAAAACUAAAUCACUAUUAUUUUCUUCAAAAAGAACACUAUUAUUACAAUUAAAAAAAAAAAAAAUUCUGAAAAAAUUGCUAAAAAAAAAAAAGACAUACUAUUUUAAAGGGAAUAUUUAUAAUAAAAAUGUUAGGAGUUUUUAUUAUCAAUUAUUAAUAAAAAUUAGCUAUAUAAAAUUAAAUGAUUUUCAAUAUAUAAUAUUUAUUUUAAGUAUUUUUAAUCAAAUUCUUGAGCAAAUUAUAAAUAUUCAUAAAAGAGGAAUUAUUCAUUUUGAUAUUAACACAUAUAACAUAUUGAUGAAUUAUAAAAAAAAAGUUCCAUUAUUAUUUUAUAAUAAUAAUUAUAUAAAUGAUUUUCCUCAUAGAAAAAAAUGUAAUAAUAUUAAAAUAUUGUGUUUUCAUAAAAAAUUAUUUUCUUUAGUAAAAACUAAGAAAAAAUAUAUUUUUAAGGAAUUAAUUCUUAAAAGGAAUAAAUGGUUGAAUAAAAACUUCAAAAUAUUAUAUGUUCCAUCAGUUGUUAUAAAUGAUUUUGGUGAAAGUAAAUCUUUUUAUAAUAAUAAAAAUUUUCUUUUUUUUAGAAAAAAUCGAGGUAAUGAAAUAUUAGCAUCACCUGAAUUAAUGAUUAAUAAUGUAAAAAAUGUUAAUAAAAAAAGAAGUAAUUCAUCCAUUAUUCCUAAUUAUAAGAAUUACAAAAAGAUUGCCUAUAGAAAUAAUGCAUUAUCAAUUUGUAAAAAUAAAACAUAUAAAAAAAGAAAAAAAUAUGUCUUUUUGAAUAAUCUAUCUAUAUUUUCAUUUUAUAAAUACGUAUCAAAAAUAAGAAUUAUGAUAAUAAAAAGGUUAAAGAAAAAAUAUAAAUUUCAAAAAAGAAAAGAAAAAAUAUUUAAAAGUGAUGUUUGGCUAUUGGGUAUGUUAUUAUUUGAGAUAAUUACUAAUAAAAAUUUAAUGAAUGUACAUAAUUUUUUAUAUAUAAAAAUAUAUGAAAAAAAAGAUAUAUUGGAUAGGAUUAUUGAUAAAACAUUUAAUAAUCAAUUUAAAAAGAUAAGAGAAUUAUUGAAUUUUUUCUUUCAAUUUGAAUUAAAAAAAAGGAAAAAUUUGAGAUUUAUAUAUAAGCAAUCGAAAAUUCUCUACAAUUUUUAUAUGAUAAAAUUAAUAGCAGAAAGUAAAAUGUUAAAAAAAUUAAAGAAAUAUAGCAAUAAUAUAAUUUGUAAAUAUUCUAAAAUAAAGAGAAAAUCGUUAUAUGAUAUGAAAAGUGAGGAUGUUUAUUUAAUUAAUAACAGUUUUACACAUAAUGAAAAAAAUAAUAUGACUUUGUAUAUAAAAAAAAGAAAAAAGAGGUUUGAACAUUGUUAUUCUAUAAAAAAAAUGUUUAAAUAUUUCAUUUCUUACAUACAGAAAAAAAUUUAUUCUUUUAAUAAAUAUAAUUUUAAUAGUUAUUCAGUUGAUCAGAACAGUUUUAAUAAUUUAUCAAUAAAAUUAUUUAAUCUCAAUAAUUCAUCAAAUAUUUUUUUUUCCAUAAAAAAAGUUAAUAAAAUUUUAAAUUUCUUGGUAAAGCAUAAUAUAGUGAGGGUUUAUAACUUUUAUUUUAUUUUAAAGAUAGAUGAAAAAAUUAAAGAAUUUUUGUUUAUAAAUAAUUUUAAUAAACAUGCUAUUUUCUACUUUCCUUCUAUUUUUCACGAUCUUGAUUUGUUCUAUCACUUAAGUGAUAGUAUUAUUAAUGUUCAAACCUUAUAUUUUAAGAAGAGAUUAUUUUAUAAAAAAAACAAGAAUACAAAAAAAAUAUUAUUGAGAUAUUUAAAAUUUCCUAUUAAAAAAAACAAAUUGAUUUUUAAUAAUUUUUAUAAAAUUUCAAAAAUAAGAAUUUAUAAAAAUUAUUUGAAAAAUCUGUCUUAUUUUUUUCUUUUCUUUUUUAUUAAUGUUCAACUGAAACUUAAUAUGAAUUCAAAUUAUGAAAAAAAAAAGUAUGUUUUUAUUUUAAAUAAUCAACAAAAUAAAAAUUGUUCGUUUUUAAAAAAUCCUUUUCCUUAUAAUUUUUCAAAUAUUUUUUUACUAUUUUUUUUUUGUGUUUUAUUCAAAAUAAAUUUAAUAGAAUUAUUUUUUUUUUUUAAAGGGCAUACAGCUAUCUCCUUUUCUGAUAUGGAUAUAAGUGUUUUGCAAACAAUUAUAAACAAUUUUUUUUAA